AUGUCAAAGACGAAUCCUAAGUUUUCUACUCUGGAUGAUAUACUCGUGAGACUGUUAUCGUUUGAUUUCUAUAGAGAUCUUAUUCAGGAUGGGAACGAUAACCUAAAGUCAAUCCAGAAGAGAAUAAAGUGGCACUCAACCCUUAAACCGUUGCCUUCACAAAUCACAAACGUUGAAGAUUAUCACAAUUCAUUUUUUUCAUUAUUCAUGGUAGAAUGCCUUGAGAUUCUAACGCAGUCGAAGUAUAAUGAUCUGACAUUACCAGUGGUAAUUGAGCCGAUAUCAUGUAACAUCUCUGGAGUUUUCGGAUCAGUAACGUUUACGCUGAGCCAACCGCUGUUGGAUUUCUCGUCAGGGGAUUUGGUGUUGUUGCACAUCUCGAAACCAAAUCAUGUAAAUCUUAAAAGGGAUAUCAACAACAAAUUCGUUAACCAUACAGCUGAAUCAAGUAAAUCAUUGUCAAGUGAUAUGGACACAACGCAUCCAAUAUACGAAGAUAACUUGAAACACUGCUUAGGAUACGUUAUAUCAAUAAUGAAGAAUAGAAUUUUGGUAAAAAUACUUUUGCUUCCACCAAAAUUCGCAACACCGGAAACCUUUGAUGAUCGAGACUUGGAUAGAAUCAAGUCAAUUCAAACUCAACUCAGCUCAAUUCUUUCAACACAUAGUCAAAUGAACAACGCAACAGGAAAGAGUACAACUGAAGAGUGGCAUAUAUCAAGACUGCUAUCACUAACCACAAUUAUGCGAGAAUUUAAAGGCCUAUGUAUGCUGGAGCACAUGCCACUUAAAGAUUAUCUACUCACAAAGGUUCCAGAAAAUAAUAAUUCUCAGGACCCAGAUACAUGUAAAGAACUGGUUCUUGAUUUUGAGAUCCCGAAAAAGCUGAAGAAAACUAUUGAAGCAAACUAUAACUCAGGACAACUGUCAGCACUGUCAAACAGCCUAAAGAACACAGGAAUAUCAUUGAUACAAGGACCACCAGGGACAGGGAAAACGACAACGAUAAUGAGUAUCAUUAGCGUAAUUUUGUAUUCUACAAUUCCAACAAAGAAGAAGAAAAAUGUUAGAGAAUCGCAAAAGAAACAUUUAAACAAGUCUAACUUUAGAAAGAAGAAUUUUUGGUUUUUUGAUGAAGAAAAUGGAGUUGAAGAUAAAAUGACGUUUGAUGAGCUUCAAUCAGACGAAAACUACGACUACUGCUCAAUUACAGAGCAUAAUAUAUAUGACUGCUUCAAUACAAAGACGAAAAACAACGAAAACAAAAUAUACAUAGGAUCAGAAAAACAAAGUAAUAAGAGAAUAUUGAUUUGUGCACCAUCAAAUGCAGCAAUAGAUGAGAUUGUAAAACGUCUUGUGAGCCCAGAUGGAGGAAUUUUCGACGCGAACGGGAACAGAUAUAACCCAACAGUUACCCGUGUUGGACCCAAUUUUAACGAAGAUUUGAGAGAGUUCAGCCUGCAGACAAAAAUAAACAACUGGGACUCCAAAAAUAACUUAUCGUCCCUGAGAGGAGAUAGAAGCAACACAAUAAAUAAGCCGACAAUCAUAAUGGAUAUACUUUUGAACAGUGAAGUGGUCUGUUCAACACUUUCAGGCUGUGGUUCAAAGGAGUUAUAUGGCCUUAUAAAUUGUUUUGAUACUCUAAUUGUUGACGAAGCCACUCAGGCAGUGGAACUAUCCACGCUUAUUCCAUUUAACCUGGGCUGUAAAAGAGCAAUACUGGUUGGCGACCCAUGUCAGCUCUCGGCGACAGUUUGUUCAAAGGUAGCAAUUCAAUUAAACUACGACCAGUCACUUUUCAAGAGACUACAACUGUGUGGAUAUCCAGUAAACUUUUUGAAACUCCAAUACCGUAUGGACCCACUGAUCACGAGGUUCCCGUCAAUGUAUUUCUAUCAAAACCAGCUAGUAAACGCCAAAGAAACAUCGAGUGUUCCUGAGGAAGACUGGAGGCAGUUCCCGCUUCUGAGGCCGACAGUAUUCUUCGCACUUGAUUCCCAGGAGUCCAUGAGUGACACAUCAUAUGUCAACGAGAUGGAGGUGGACUUGGUGUGUCAGCUGUUGGACAUAAUUGUCGAGAUAUUUUCUGCUAUUCCGGGCAUCACUGAGGAGGAAAUCUGCAAGAAAAUCGCAGUAAUUAGCCCAUACGCAGCACAGGCUGAGAUUUUAAAGAACACAAUAUCGCAAAGGAUAAAAAUCCUUCCUACAUUUUCCUCAGUCUACAAAGCACUUACGGGAUCAAAAACUCAUCAAAUAUACGUUAGCACAGUGGAUGGGUUCCAGGGCAUGGAAAAGGAAAUAAUUAUCUUUAGUGCCGUAAGGACUAACUAUGUAGGUAACAGAAAGGCUAGGAAUUCUAGGAUUGAAGAUCUCACCUCACCCUCAAUACUGACAAUAAAUUCUGAGCCUCAUGACCCUAGGGAAUCCGCCAAGUUUUCAAAGCUGACUGACGAAUACUUGAAGAAUAUUAGCGAGAACACGCCCGACUUGACCACCAACGUUAUCGAUGCGUCGUUUAUAGCAGACAGGAGAAGGAUCAAUGUGGCAAUCACUAGAGCAUGUAGUAACUUAUUUAUAGUCGGAAAUCCUAGGUAUUUACUAGACCACAAGCAUUGGUCGGCACUGUACAACCACUACGCGAAGACGGGAUCAAUCUUCAUAUGCAAGACUCAAAACAACUCCUUGGACCCAAAGUUUCUGAGGAACUGGUCCCGAGAGUAUCUAAACCGCUCACCAGAACAGUAUAGAAAGCUGCUUAAGAACAAAUACCUUAAAGAUUUUGUAACUAAAUUAGUUUCUUAA